CUACUGUAUCGCUACGGUUUCUAUGUCUGCUUGUUUGUGUCCGAGAGGGCUUUCCUCACUCGUAGCCGGCACUCGGGUCCCUCUGCCCUGCCUGCUCCCGCCGCCUCUUUAGCAUCUCCGAGCAGCGGCGAGUAUCAACAGGGGGGCUGGGGUGCUGAAGACCUCCAUGCCCCUUUGCAUGCAGCGCACCUAGAUCACAUUUCUGCAGACUGCAUCAGUGGCCUUAACCUCCCACAUCUCUCUGUGGCUCUCCUCCACAUCCUCCAGCGGCCCUCUCUUCUCCCUCCGAGCGCUCUGCUCCUCAUUCUCCUCUCGGGCUCCCGCCAUCGCGUCCAGCUGUGGCCCUCACAGGGCGCGCUCGCUGGCUCUCACCUGACAGGUCCCUGGCCUCAGGACGACAGCCAGCACCAACACGUUCCCUACAUGAGGGACAAAGCGACACAGACCCCCAGGGCCUGGGCAGAUGAGAGGAGGAGGGGCUCUCACAAACGCUCGGCCUCCUGUGGGAGCACCGACCAGCUCAAGGAGAUUGCCAAAUUGCGUCAGCAGCUUCAGCGCAGCAAACGCAGCAGCCGUCAUCGGAGGGAUAAAGACCGCAAGUCCCCGUUCAAUGGCAGCCAUACCAUCAUCCAGUCGCAGUCGCCUAUGCCCAAAACCAUUCUGAUACCCAUCCCUAUAUCCAAGUCAUCGGCGCCUCGCUUCCGCAACAGCGUGGAGGGCCUCAACCAGGAGAUCGAACGCAUCACCAUCCAAGACACCCCUGAAAAGGACGAGACCAUCGUUCCGCAGGAUGUCCCAGAUGGGCACCGCGCACCCCCACCGGUCCCCCCACGCCGCAGCAGCAGCACGCGCAGCAUCGACACACAGACUCCCUCAGGGGGUGGCCUGAGUGGUAACCAUAGCAACUGCAGUAGCCGUCCCGACUCCAUCUCGCCCUCCUACCUCACCGUCCUCAACGACAUGGGUGGAGGCAGCCCCUACGAGGACAAAGUCUCCUCUCUCUGCCUGUCCUCAGAGCUGGGCCCCUGCUCCCCGCUGCCUAAAUACGCCGCCUCUCCCAGACCCAACAACAGCUACAUGUUCAAGAGAGAACCUCCAGAGGGCUGCGAGAAGGUCAAAGUGUUCGAGGAGUCCAUGCCCAAACCUCUGCAGGAGAUCCCUCCCUUCCUGUGUCCCGACCGCAACAAGGUCAACUUCAUCCCCAACAGCGGCUCUGCCUUCUGCCUCGUCAGCAUCCUGAAGCCCUUACUCCCCGCCCCGGACCUCAACUUCCGCCCCGGGGUGGGCCUCCGAAGCCUGUCCCCGUCCCUCGUGCCUCUGUCCACCCAGCCCUGCCUCCUGGAGGAGCCCGAGAGCUUCUGAUGGCCCUCGAGGUUGAAGUCCCCAUCCCCCCCAAAAAAAGAACCCCCCUCCUCCCCCCCACACACACACAAAAUCCGAAAACAUUGGAAACUAGGAAACAACCCUUCUGCUCCAAAAAAAAAAAUGCCUUCAGCAUGCCAGCUAAGCUCUCUCUGAUGUCCUUAUCUUGUUGAAAAAGCGCUUCCCACUGCCUCUCCUCCUCAGACGACUACAACGUGAGAGUCCUGCAGCCCUGUGCGGGUGUUUGCAGCUAACAUUUCAUCGCUUUCUUCUACCUUUAGUGCUGGUUAUGUUCCUGUUUUUUGGGAGGAAAAGGGCGAAAAAGGACAGACUCUUUUAUUUCAUCGUAUUAUACCAUGGCGCCUUUCCACGGACAUAUCUCUUUUUCUAUCUGUAGUUAUUUCUCUUGAUAUGAAAUAUGCCUUCCAUUACAAAAAAAAAAAAAAAAAAAAAAAAAAACGCUGGUUUCCUUGGCGACCUAGAGUUUGACCACGGAGGCUAAUAUUGGUGCUGCCAGAUAUAUCGUAGCAAAACUUGAACGGUCGUGACAAGGAGAAGUUAAAAAUGUGCCUGAUAUUUUAGACCGCUCAGUUUCGCUCCACCAGCGUAGUGCUCUGAUCAUGUUCGUCCCUUUAGCACGACGCACAUGAUGUUUGCACUACGGUGGCCGUAGAUGCAUACAGAAAGGCGGGGACUGGCGGGAAAUAUACAAGUGAUAUAUUUAAACCACCUGUGAGCUAAAUCCAGACAUCUGUUUUGUACUUUUAUCAGCCAUUUAACUGUAAACUGGUACAAGUCGAUGCCUUUGUUACACUAACUGGUAGCAGUGAACUGGUCCCCUGCCUGGGCGGUGUGUAUCUAUGGGAAACACAGGCCAGGGCUAUGAUGUGUGCAGCGUGUUCAACCUGUGUCUGCUUGCCCCUCCUUCCCAAGCGCCAGCCUUUGCUCAAAACGUCCCCUUUUUAAUCCGCCACCAUCACAACCCCCCCCCCCCUUCUCCCUCCCCUCUUCCGUUCCUCCUUUUUUUUCCAGUUCUUUCUCUCCUUUUCUUUCCCUCACCUUCGCUGUAACGCUGAUUUCCUUUUGUCUUGCUCAGUGUUGUUGUGAAAUUGCAGGGCUCUGAGCACGGAGAGGCUCGGUGAAACUCGAACACUACACUGCGGAGGGUCAGAUCAGCCUGGAGUGGCAAACCUUAAACUUUUGGAUUCAAAUCAAAGAAUUUCACUUUAACCUUAAAGCUGCACUACACACUUUUCUUCUGCGAUGAUUUUAAUGGCAGAUAAAGCGUGAACUCAGCUAUACUCACUUAUAGGAAAAAGAAUUCCUUUAUUUUUUGGUUGAAGUGUCAAAUGAUGGCUCAAAUUCUCAGUUUCAAGUUUUAAAAAAGCAGAAAAAACACAGAAUAUAUAUUUGCAGCUUCUACUUUUAGGAGAUUUCGAUUAAUUGUGCAGCCCGACUAGAAAUCUUUUGACUUGUGGCUAAAAUGAAACAUAUUUAACAUGCACGCGUCACCCCACAUGGUUAACAUGCACAUUGUCUGAGCUCUGUGUAGUUUAAUGGUGGACAGCCUCUCCAUGCCCCAGCCCAUCUUCCUGUAUAUGUCAUUACUACUUGACUGUGCCUGCUACGGUGGGAUAGGAAUGUACUGGAUAUGUAAAUAUAGAGGCACACUGUGUUUGUAUUAUCGGCUGACAAAGACAUGUAUCUGAAUGAGUCAACAAUUGUACCAUAUAACCCUCCUCCUCCUCCUCCUCCUGCUUUUUCUCCGCUGAGUACUGUGAAUUACUACGUCUCAUUAUUGUGAAUAAUAAUGUAUUUAUUUAUCAGGAGUGUAAUUGGCUCUGCAGAGAAUUUUAAUUGAGAAUAGAUUACAUCGUCCAUCUCAGGUUGUAGUGAAUAGGAUACAAGAAAAAAAAAAAGAUAUACUAACUUCUCAGCGCACACUAACAAGUCUACUAUCAAGAGAGCAAACCAACAGCUGCUAUCUAUGUAGCCUCACUCAAUGGAGAUCCUGAAUGAUGUUAUAACCUGUAGCAGAGUAGAAGUAGAGAGAAGUGUGGAUGUCAUUUUAUCCGGUGACCUGAUUUGGCAUGAGUAACGUUUCUAUAAGUGACAUUUUCGAGGAGUUCUGUUCCAAAAUGAGAUAUCCACUUGCUGAAAAACAAUCACACCUACGGCGACACCGUCGUUUUUAGACGUCUGUUUACAAACAACAACAAAAGUAGUUUGGAAGAUUCAUACAUGGGAUAAUACAGAUUUAUUUCAGAUAUUCCUUUUUUUUCUUUUUCUUUUCAAAGUGGAUAAACAGCAUUUUGGAAUGAGGCUCAAUGCAAGAAAUAAUCUACACAAUGAUUCUUUGUUUGCUUGUCCAGUUUAUUGGAAACAGAACUGCCAAGUUUUCAUCUGUUAAACCCCUCGAGUGAAAUAAAAAGGCAUAGUUGAAUUAAAUAAAGCAUUUGUGAUUGACAUGAGAAA